AAAAACAAAUCCACAUCUCAAAGCGACAGAACUGUUGCAAGCGCAAACCACAGGGAGCCGUGUACUGCUGCAGGUGCACCCAAAGUAGCUGCACGCUGUUCUUCUCAAAAAGAGCGAGAAUCUCAGGAGCUUCUGGUGUAGAAGAUGAGUGACUCCGUGGAGAGGACUACAGACUGUCCCCUGCCGCUUCUUGGAGACAACUCCGGCCCUGAUGAGGAGAGAGACAACCAGGCGGGUUCGAGUGAGCUACACUGGGAAGAUGGAGGUCUCCCUGUGGAGCUUCAGAAAGGGAUGGAGACCCUCAGAGUGAACAGAGAGCUCACAGAUGUGGUGCUGUGUGUUCAGGGGCAUGACUUCCCCUGUCAUAGGGCCAUACUUGCUGCAGCCAGUCAGUACUUCAGGUAACAUAUGGUUUCUCAAGGUACUUUCUUGUAAAAAAAAAGAUGACUUGUUACUCUGCUGACUUGAUGUUUUUGUGUGUAGGGCGAUGUUUUGCAGUGGUCUGAGAGAGAGUCAUGAGGAAACUGUGGAGAUGAAGGGGUUGGACAGUGGAACAAUGCACUCUCUCCUUGAAUAUACCUACACCAGCAAAGCUCUUCUGACUCACUCUAAUGUCCAGAAAAUACUUGAAGCUGCCAGCCAAUUUCAGGUAAAAUGACUUCAAGUAAAAGUUUAAGAUGGUAACUUGCUUUGGUGCAAUCCUGAUCUGGUAUAGAAUUCUCCUACUUGUUUGUGUGCAGUUUAUUAGCAACAAUCAUAGCAUUUCUAGCCACAAAAACUCUUAGCCUACCAAAGUAAAGUGUUUGUUAAUAAAUCUGACUUCACAUUGAGUAGACCUGGAUUACAACAUCUAAAGACAGACUAUAAAUCAGUUAGGUCACUUGGUUUGAUUUCAUUUUCUCAUUCUACGCUAAGUGAAACCACGAGAAUGAUCAUGUGAUACUUUGCUGGAGCUGACAAAAGACAAAACCCCAGAACUGAAGCGAAUAUGUCCCAGCCUGACGGCGAAAUAUUAGCUUUUCAUUUUGUAAAUUUACUUGAUAUUCUUGGCGUUUUGAUUCAGCAAAGUUGAAUUAUUACCAGUCACUCUGCUCGCAGUCUUCACCAAAGACUCGUUCAAAGUUGCUGUGAGACAGAACUACCAGCAAACACAUGAAAAAUAAAGAACAGCACUGAUUUAUUCAAAUAUGGAACAAAAUGUUGAUGUUUUUCUUAUCGAGUUCAUUUAUCUGCUGCUGUGUUAAACCACAUCCUAAAUCUCCCAGUUGUUCUGAUCGUUUUCACUUCAGUCAGCUCUUCGGUGGAACAAACAUGUCACUCUCAGAGAGACGGGCCGUUCGUAAAGGGAAGUGAAAGUUGGCCAGUUGUUUACACUUAGGAUCGUUUUUCCAUAAGGCUUAAAUUAACUGCACAGCUGCGCCACGCUGCAGAGGCGGCAGGUGUUUGUGUUGUUAUACUUCUAUUUUUGUGACAUACAGUUUAAGGUUUAGAUUUGAAAGAUCAAAAGAAGGUUAAGUGGUGAGGUUAAAACCGUUUCUGCAACUGUUCUCAGGGUGAGGACUAAGUUUAGGACGACAGUUAGAACCACAUGCAGAUUGUGGUUCGGUUUGAGGAUGUGCUGAUGUGAUGAAACAUUUUUUAAGCGCUUCCCAAAAAAAGUUACAAAGCACUGAUUUGUUAAACUUUGAGAGAAAAAAAACCUGUAAAAAGCAGGAAAGUGAAGCAAUAAGGGACAUAAGAAAAGUUGAUCCUGUGAGCCAGAGAUUUUAACUUUUUCUGGUGAUUUUUGUGGUUUCUAAGAUGAGUUGAGACAAAGCCCCAGAGUGUUUUUUGGAGCGUUUGGCUCAUCUCAUAUUCAACUUAACCAGAAAUGGGAGCAACACAAUUGCUAACUCUCUCUUGUAGAUCAGAACAAAAACUAGAAUCAAAGCAAAGAUCUGAAAGUGAGGGAACUCCCAUGCAGCGAUAAAGUUUCACACACUUUUCUUGAAGCUCUCUCCGAUUAUACUCAGUCUCUUAACAUUAAAGACGUUAAGUUCUGGGUGCGAACAAACCCCCUAAAGAAUAUUUUUCUGCCAUUUCUAUCUCCUUUGGUGGAAAUAAUCUCAGUCCUGUUGGGCCUUUAUGAGUGUCUUGCAAUAUGCUUGCUUAAUUCUAACACUUUAACUCAUGUGAAGUAGUGUAACUUGAGUUUUGCCUAUUCUGACUUUAAUGGGCCAUAUGGAAAAUUUACAGUGUAUUAAGUCUCAUCACUGCAUAACAAAAUGUUCAAUUCAAAUCAUGAGUCUUGGAAAUCUUUAGUUGUUUAAUCUGAUUAUUGAUGAAGUUACUGAAGAUUUCAUGCGCUCACCUUGUUUUUUGUAGUUUAUGCGUGUGGUAGACGCAUGUGCCAGCUUUCUCAGCAAGUCCCUCCACCUGGAGAGUUGCAUUGGGAUCCUGAACCUUGCCGAAAGCCAUGCCCUGCCGGCCCUGAAGACCAGAGCUCAAGACUACAUCACUUCUCAGUUCUCCCAGGUAACCCAGCAGGAGGAGUUCCUGGAGCUGCCCGCAGAGUCCCUGGAGGGCGUCUUGCAGAGGGACGACCUGGAUGUGACAUGCGAAGAGUGUGUUUUUGAGGCUCUUAUGCGCUGGGUGAGGGCAAGGCAGGAUGAACGCUCUCCACUACUCGCCAGGCUGCUGCAACAUGUGCGGCUGCCGCUGCUGGAGCCUGCAUACUUUGUGGAAAAAGUGGAGUCGGAUGAACUGGUCCGUGGAUGCAGUGAAGUUUUUCCUUUAUUGCAGGAGGCUCGAACUUAUCACCUGUGUGGCAGGGAGGUCAGUAUAUGAUGGAUGAAAGAAAUGUCAAAUGUUAGCAGAGUCAUUUUAAGAAAUAUAUGUUUUUAAAUUCCACAAAUACAACAUAUUUAAAACAGUGGGAGGCUGUUAUUCCUUGUGGCUAAAUAAUUUGACUUGCUUUUUUAUUGUUUUAUAGUAUAAUAACCUUGGAUGUUUAUGACAUAUUUAUAGGUAGUCUCUGAGCGCACAAAACCCCGGGUACGGCACUUUCUGUCAGAGGUUUUUCUGAUAAUUGGAGGCUGCACCAAAGAUGAACGCUUUAUUUCCACUGUCACCUGUUUGGACCCUCUAAGACGUAGCAGGCUUGAAGUAGCAAGGCUGCCAUUCACAGAAAUGGAGGAUGAAUCCCACAACAAAAAAUGGGUGGAGUUUGCUUGCGUCACCUUUCGCAAUGAGGUGUACAUAUCUGGUAAGAGAAGUCUAAUUAUAUACAAAGGCUGGUCUAUGGUGGGAAUUACAGAAGUUCUUUGCAUGUAAAAUAACGCAGCUUUUACCAGUGAGUCAUUAGCGUUGGCUUCAAACAAGGGAAACUUGACGCCACCUGUAGAUUUGGUUACUGUGGUUUUAGGUGUUUUCCAACUUAGGAACUGCAACCGUACUUCAGCUCCACACUUUACUAAAACUAUCAAGCAACAUAUGAAGAGUGAAAGUUUUAAAUAAGGUUGUGGGAAUUUUCGCCUUUUGUAAGAAUGACUGAUGCUAAGCGUGACAGAAUACAGAUACAAUCAUAAUCAAGAAUAUACAGAUAUACUGAUUUUGAUGAGAGAUGGUCUGUGUCAAAUUUGAGUUUUUUUUUUUUUUCCCUGGAUCUCCUUUUGUUGCAGGAGGUAAAGAGACACAGCAUGAUGUUUGGAAAUAUAACGGUGCUCUUGACAAGUGGAUUCAGAUUGAGCCCCUGACAACUGGUCGCUGGAGACACAAGAUGGCUGUUCAUAGGGGGAAGGUUUACGCACUGGGUGGAUUUGAUGGGGUUCAGAGACUCGCUAGCGUCGAGGCCUAUGACCCCUUUCAUAAUCGCUGGACUCAGGUACUCUCACAGAUUUUCAAAAUGAGUAGUGCUCAGUAUUAGUGUUCCUUGUCUCUGCGUUCCCCUUCAUAUUUCAGUUCACUGUUUCAGUAUUAGGCCUGACACUUCAAAGACACUGAACACAGCUUUUACAAGUAUGUUUUUCACCUACAACAGAAUAACAGAUAUCUUUGUCCAGCACCGAACAAUAGUCAGAGAUAGACAGCUGCAGCUGCAGAAACUUUCCCGAAAAGUAAUGGAAACUGAACUCACGUCUUACUUCUGCCUCAGAGUUAUUGUAUGUUAGCUUGCUCUUGUUAGUUGAAGUAUCAAGAGAAGAAUAUGAUCAUUUUUGACCUUCAAAGAGAACUUGAUUUUCUGUGGAACAUUAAACUCAAAGGGUGUAGUAGAUGUGCUCAGUAACAAAACAGUUUUUGUGAACUUGCUUGGAAAAGAGUUAGAAAGAUGUGACUGGCUGAGACAAGAGGGUACAGACUUAUGAGGGGGAGUUUGGUAGAACAGACUUGGCAGAAAUAACUACAGAUUAUAAUGACAUAUAAAUAAAAUACAAUAUUUAUAAAUGAGUUCAUAUUUAUAAUUUAGCCGAAUUACUUUGGUUCUAAUAGUCUGAAUAAGGAGCUGAUCCCUUCUUCUGGAGCACAAAGGGGUCAAACUAGUGAGGGCCACACUUGAUUUUGUUUAUAGUGAUUGGCUGCACCGAAUGAACAAAUUAGGAGACGAAAAGGAGAAUAGUGGUUGUUAUUUUUCUGUAUAAAAGUAUUGAUGUUUAUGAUAAUAACAACUUGACAAAUAAAGGAUCAUACAGUUUACGCAGCAGUUUCUGGUCCUCAAAGUCAAGAGAGGUGAGCAAGAGGGCAUUUCAAUCUAGAAAGUGAAAUCCACAAGUUCAGCUUCUUUAUUCUGUCAUAAAAAGUUAAAAGGGGCAUUUAGAAACUGUAACGUGGAUCUCUUUAACUAGUGCUAAUAUUAUGUACACCAGGCACAAAAUACCUUUACAUCCACGGUAAAUCUGCUGGACAUCUGCUGGACAUAUGUAACACACCUACUGAAAUGCCACUUUGGCUCUUUUUGCAGGCGACACCUCUUGCAGUUGGUGUUAGCUCCUUUGCAGCAGCUAGCUUUGACAGAUGGAUCUACGUGAUUGGUGGAGGGCCAAAUGGAAAGCUGGCGACUGAUCAGGUUCAGUGCUGGGAACCUGGGACAGAUUGCUGGAACCUGCGGGCACCCAUUCCCAUCGAAACCAAAUGCACUAAUGCAGUCACAUUCAAGAGCUGCAUCUAUAUAGUUGGUACGUUAGCAUUCGUGGAUAAUACACUUGAGGUAUUUGCUAAAGAUGGGGAUUAUUGGCAACUUCACAAUACUUUUACUUCACUAAAGAUUUCUUACUAAUAGAUGUCAACAAGAAUAUGCAGACCAAACAGAAUAUGAAUUAACAUUGAUGAGUUAAAUUUAAAAAUAAUGUUAAAUACUCAUGCAUCCUUCUUAUACAGUCAUAUCAUGUGAAAUAGUUACAUCAUGCGUUAAAAAAACUGUGAAAGAUAUUGGCCACCAAUUGUUUCUCAAUCAAUGUAAAUGUAUAGCUUUAUGUAAAUUUGAUAUAUGUGAUGACAGAUAUCAUUUUAAAAGGUACUGAUGGUUAAAUCAAAGAAUGUUUAAACACAAAGUCUUGGUGAUAAAAAUGAUUCCUGGCAUUAAUACAAUUAUUUUGUUUUCUCCCAGGUGGCGCUAUGAAUGCCAUGUACUGCUACUCACCCCUGUCAGACUCCUGGUCCCUUGUGACCCGCCUGGGCGAGAGGGCAAGCUGCGCCAUCGCUGCCUGCAACGACAAACUCUUCAUCACUGGGGGACGGGAUAACAAAAACCAAGUCAUCUCUACAGUGAUGUGCUGGGAUGUCGGCCGAGGAGUGCUAACAGAGGAGUGUGUUUUACCUAUGGGGGUGUCACACCAUGGCAGUGUGACCCUGAUGAAGUCCUACACCCACAUACACAAAGUCACGGCGCCAUCGGAGUGCCAGUAACAAACACAGCAAAACAGUUGCUGAAAGAGAGACUGAAAUAGAAAAAGUGAAGGAAAGUAAUCAAAAAUACUACAACUUUUCUGUGUGAAGUGUUAUUUUUGUGUCACCAUAGGUCAGUUAUCAUGUUUCAUUGAAAGCGAAACAAACGUAUAUUGCUUAAACUUGAUGUGAUAAAGAUAAAUGUAUAAGAAACACUAACAAUGGAUUUGUCAAAAUCAAAACCAACAAGUCCUUUUUCUCAGUAAAUUAUAAACUAAAAAAUUAUAAAACAUGAUUAUCACUGCAGCUGACACAAAUGAAGUAACACUUAGAUGAAAUAAAUGUAUUUUGAGGAAUAAGAAUACACCUGUCUUCAAAGAUCUGGCUGUCAUGGAAGGUCCAGGGUAAAACCAAUAAUAUUACCUCAUUUGCAGUUCUCCGGGAAAUGUCCUUAUAAACUGAAAAAAAAGAGAGAGAGGAAAUAUUGUACUCAAAAGUGAAAUGACAUACAAAUGACUGUUUCUUGUGCCAGAAAUUUCUAGAAAUUGUGGUUUAUCUAGUCUGGGACUACUUGAAUUAAUCUUGAGCAAAGUGAUUAAGAGGUAAUAAAGUUGAAGUAAUGUGAAAUAUUACAUGGACCACAGAAAUAACAUCCUUUCUCAUCCAUUCGUCUGUGUCCAACUUUAUACAACUUCACCCUGAUGGCCCUUUGACACAGAGUUGCUUUUUAUUGUCUAUUAAAAUACCGAGAGCUCGA